GGGGAGCGGGUCCUGCAUCACUUCCUGGAGACUGACCGAAUCCGGAAGUGAUCCUCGAGAACCGACUUUUUGCAGAGGAACCCCGGCAGUCGGCGUGGGUUUGGGACCAUGAGCUGGAUCCCAUUUAAGAUCGGACAGCCCAAGAAACAGAUUGUUUCUAAAACAGUGGAGAGAGACUUUGAAAGGGAGUAUGGAAAACUGCAACAGCUGGAGGAGCAAACUAAGCGCCUGCAGAAGGACAUGAAGAAAAGCACCGAUGCUGACCUGGCCAUGUCCAAAUCUGCUGUGAAGAUAUCCCUGGAUCUGCUCUCCAACCCCCUGUGUGAGCAGGACCACGACUUUCUGAACAUGGUGACUGCCCUAGAUACAGCCAUGAAGCGGAUGGAUGCCUUCAACCAGGAGAAGGUGAACCAGAUCCAAAAGACAGUGAUUGAACCCCUGAAAAAGUUUGGCAGCGUAUUCCCAAGCCUCAACAUGGCAGUGAAACGGCGGGAGCAGGCCUUGCAGGACUACAGGAGGCUGCAGGCCAAGGUGGAGAAGUACGAAGAGAAGGAGAGGACUGGCCCGGUGCUGGCCAAGCUGCACCAGGCCCGAGAAGAGCUGCGGCCCGUUCGGGAAGACUUUGAGGCCAAGAACAAACAACUCCUGGAUGAGAUGCCGCGGUUCUACGGCAGCCGACUUGACUACUUCCAGCCCAGCUUUGAGGCCCUGAUCCGGGCACAGGUGGUGUACUACUCAGAGAUGCAUAAGAUCUUUGGAGACCUGACCCAGCAGCUUGACCAGCCAGGCCACUCCGAUGAGCAGCGAGAGCGGGAAAACGAGGCCAAACUAAGUGAGCUCCGAGCCCUCUCCAUCGUAGCUGAUGACUGAGCCCCUGUCCCUCAGGAGUCAUCAAACACCUUGGGACACAGAUGACAUCUCUGUAGGCUUUGCUCUUAGCGGGCAUGGAUUCAUGGACCUCGCAGUGGCCAGCCAGCUGGAAACAGGUGACCACUGUUCUAUCUUGCCAGUCCUCUGACUUAAAUGUCUCCCUCUGCUUGAGCCUGACACUAGGAGCGUCACAGGCUGCUGUGUCCCUGUGUCC